UGGACCAGCUCGUGCUCUCGCUCUCGCUCUCGCUCUCUCUUCUCUGUCUCUCGUGCUCCUCCUGGAUCCAGCUGCGGGCCCGAAGGUGCCAGAACUGAGGUUGGCUUGACCUGCUGGCGCUGCCUGGCCGCCUCUUCCGUUUAGCAUUGGUCGCCUGGGCCUUGCAGGGAGUGUGGUGUAGCAGGAGGAGUACUGGGCUCCCGGGACGUGGCCGGAGGGCCGACAGCUUUGUGAGCACGUCUAAAGGUUGAGGCCAAGAUGUUCCACUUACAAGGCUCACAAGUGCUGCAGAUGCUAGAGAAAUCCUUGAGGAAGAACCUGCCAGAGUCCUUAAAGGUUUAUGGGACCAUCUUCCACAUGAACCAGGGAAACCCAUUCAAGCUAAAGGCCCUGGUAGACAAGUGGCCUGAUUUUACAACAGUGGUUACCUGCCCUCAGGAAGAGGAAAUGGCAGAUGAUUUUGAUCACUAUACCAAUACCUACCAAAUCUAUUCUAAGAAUCCCCAAAACUGUCAAGAAUUCCUUGGUGCAUCAAGUGUCAUCAACUGGAAACAACAUUUGCAGAUCCAAAGUACCCAGUCCAGCCUGAACGAAGUGAUACAGAACCUUGCAGCUGCUAACCUGGUCAAGGUCAACCAACAACAAGGCAUUGUGUAUACAAUGCCCGAGAGAGCAAGUAAACUGCUCCCUUCUUUGCUGGAGGCAAAGAACUUACCUCUUGAAUCUGGCAGAGCCAAGACCAUCAACCAAGAGAUGUUUAAACUCUCCUCCCUGGAUGUUACCCACGCUGCCUUGGUGAAUAAAUUCUGGUAUUUCGGGGGCAAUGAGAGGAGCCAGAGAUUCAUCGAACGCUGCAUCCAAACCUUCCCCACCUUCUGCCUGCUGGGGCCCGAGGGGACCCUUGUGUCCUGGAGCCUGAUGGACCAGACAGGCGAGAUACGGAUGGGGGGUACUGUGCCUGAGCACCGGGCCAGGGGUCUCGUCUCCUAUCUCAUGGAUAUUCACAUCCGUGCUCUGGACAAACUUGACUAUCCUACCUAUUACCAUACAUUUACAAGCAACAAACACAUACAGAAAAUGAGUCACAGCCUGGGUCAUAUCCGCGUGCCCUGUGACUGGAACCAGUGGCACUGCGUGCCUCUGUGAGGCAGCCCUGAACACAAGACAGUGUUGGGUGGCCUGAUGUGGAAGACUGGACAGGUGGGCAGAGAGGAAGAAUAAAUUGUAAACAGCAGUCAAGCCGUGUGUGCUGUCUGGACUCCAGGAGGAAGUGAGAAUGGUCCACAGAACCACCACAGUCCCAACUCUCAAACCACUCAGGGACUCCCCUUCAGGUCCAGCAGACCUGGCAUGGCCAGCCCUUCCUGCAAUGGACCCUGGUCUUGUUCAGUUUCCUACACUGCUGGAUCUCAGUGACAUGCUUUAUUCAGCUGCAUGCUGCCCCAGUGCUUCUCCUGGACUCCCAUCCUGCAAGUGGAGUAUUGCUAAUGAGCAUACUUGGCCACUUUGCCAAGACAUGGCAUUAUCUUCAGGGUAGUAUAAUUUUCCUCUCUCUUUCCUUUACCUUCCCUCUUCCCUGCCCCCACCCCCAACCAGCUUCACUGAGGUAUAAUUGACAAAUAAGAUUGUAAUAUAUCUAAAGUAUAGAACGUAGUUAUAUAUAUAUAUCAUAUACACACACACUUAUGUACUGUGAGGGCCUCCCACAACCAAGGUGAUUAAUACUUUCAUUAAUUAUUUCAUAUACUUACUUUUGUGUGUAUGUGUGGGAGGGGGGGAUGAGAACACUUAAGAUCUAAUCUCUCAGCAAAUAUCAGCGACGCAUUACAGAAUUUACAGAAUUACCAGUGACAAUCACCAUGCUAUACAUGAGGUCCUUAGGACUUAACUCAUCUUAAGACUGAAAGUUUGGGGAUCCCUGGGUGGCUGAGCAGUUUAGCGCCUGCCUUCAGCCCAGAGCGUGAUCCUGGAGUUCCAGGAUCGAGUCCCACGUCAGGCUCCCGGCAUGGAGCCUGCUUCUCCCUCUGCCUGUGUCUCUGCCUCUCUCUCUCCCUCUCUCUGUGUCUCUCAUGAAUAAAUAAGAUCUUUAAAUAAAAUAAGAGUUGCUUUUUUAAAAAAAAAAAAAGACUGAAAGUUUGAACCCUUGAACCCUUUUACCAGCCUUUCCCUAUGCCCUCUACGUCCCAGCCCCUGGCAACUACCAUUUGACUGUUUCUAUGAGUUAGCCUUUUUUUUUUUUUUUUUUACGAUUCCACAUAUAGGUGAUACCAUGUAGUAUGUGUCUUUGUCUGGCUCAUUUCACUAGCAUAACACCCUCCAGAUUCAUUUACACUAUCACAAAUGACAAGAUUUCCUUGUUAUUUUGUGGUUGAAUAAUAUUCCAUUGUGUGUGUAUGUCUGUGUGUGUGUGUGUGUGUGUGUGUGUAUCACAUCAUCUUGAUCCAUUCAUCUAUCAAUAGACACUUACCUUGUUUCCAUGACUUGGCUGUUGUGAAAAAUGCAGUGAACAUAGGAAUGCAGAAAUCUCUCCUAGAUAGUGAUUUCAUUUCCUUUGAAUAUACAUACCCAGAAGUCGGACUCCUGAAUAAUACAGAAGUCCAUUUUAAUUUCUCAAAGAACUUCACACUGUUUUCCAUAGUGGCUGUAAUGAUUAACAUUCCCACCAACAGUGCACAGGGGUUCCCUUUUCUCCACAUCUUUGCUAACCUGGUUAGCUCUUGUCGUUUUGGUAACACAGAUGCUGACAGAUGUAAGGUAAUACUGUUUUUUUU